GGCUGAAGCUGGCUGCAAAGUUUCUCCAUGGUUUCUUUCCGGGCUCCCAGGAACUUCCCUGCGGCUGUGAGGUCCUCCGAUUUCCCCUGGAGCCGGAGUCACUGUGGGGAGCGGUGCCCAGGGUAGCCAGCCAUGAUCGCCACUGGAGGCCUCUUGCGGAUCUCAGCCAGAAAACAGGAUCCCCUGAGGCCUCAGAGCGACGUCCCCAAACGCAAGCGCAAAGCCAAAAAGAAACGCAAGAACGAUGUGGUGGUGGUGAAGGGAAAGCUCAAGCUCUGCUCCAUCUCAGGCCUCAUUGCUCUCUGCGGCAUCCUAGUAUUGCUUGUGGGAAUUGCCUUGGCAGUCAUGGGCUACUGGCCAAAGCCAUUUUACCGGGCAGGGAGGCUUGGGGACAGGCACCAUUCACCACAUGGGAGUGCCAUCAUAAGCCAUUCCAGGAACCAAACAGAAGGCCAAGCAGACUUUCCUUUGGAAGAGUUGGGGACCAAUUCCUCUUUUAUGAACAGUAAGAAGAGUCUGCUCCCUUCCUCGCCAGCCCCUUCACCCACUUCAAAAAGCUUCCUGAUUGAGCUUUUCUCACAAUGUCUGCAUUCUGACAAACUAAAGGUGCUUGGUCCCCUCAUCAUGGGCAUUGGCAUCUUCCUCUUCAUUUGUGCCAAUGCAGUGCUCCAUGAGAACCGUGACAAGAAGACCAAAAUUAUCAAUCUGAGGGACUUGUACUCCACCGUCAUAGAUGCACACAGCCUUCGGACCAAGGAUGGGCCGCCUUCUGCUUCUGUGGCCCCAGUUCCCAUUAAUGGCUUUGUUAACUAUGUACAGCCAAGAGGCCUGGAGUUGAAACCUGGUAGCAGUUCUGGGGAAACUUUAACAAAGACCGCCUGGCACUCAGUGGUAAGUGCUCCCCUCUCUCCUCCAGACUUGGCUUCAUCCCCGCGCCGCUGCUCCUCCUCCUCUCCUCAACAACAGCAGCAACACCCACCCCCCAGCUUGGCUGAGGCUGUAUACAGUAUCUAUCGGGAGAGAGCAGCCUUGGCUAGGACUACUGGUAGUUCACCUUGUAGCCCCCCAAAUGGCUGGGACCAACAUAGCACUGCCAGUUCCAUUGUGGGUUCCUCGCUCAGCACUUUUACUUUGCUGCCUCUGGCUCAAGGAGAAGUGGCAGAGCGAGACCGCGGUGGCUGGCGAAGGCCCCUGGGAGAACGAGGGGCCAGGGAAAUCCCUCGAGGGGAGUUUGAGCUCAGCCUGACGGAUCUCAGGAGCAGCUAUAUAGACUCAGAGCGAGGGCAUAUAGUGGUACCCAGGAUGGGCAAGAGGAAGCCUGUUCUCCGACGCCAAAGCACAAGUUGCCUCCCUGAUGCCAGGAGAUCCCUCACCCCUGAACCCUCUCAGACUUUGGAUAGUAGCACAGACCUAGACUCCAGCCUUUUAGUUAAAGAUUCAUCUUCCAAAUCCCUUGAUCUGGGAGACUCUCCCCCUCUGACGCCAGCGGCAGCUAGGAAAGAUUCCCAGGGCUCUCAGUGUGAUCAGUACCGAAGCAAUAAGGGCUACACCCCACUGGAGGAGACGGGCACUUCUUUGGAAUCUGUUGCCAAUACGCCGGCCCAUAAAAUCCAGGACUGCAAAGGAAACUCCAGUGGGUACACAGCUUCCUCAAAGGAUACCAGCAGAGAACAAACAGAUAAACGCCCUUUGAGAAUUCAGAGGCAGUAUACAAAUAAAGAGAAACUUUUCAUGAUCUCCAGGUCAGACACCACUGUCGGGCUGGAGGAAGUAGACCUGGAAAACACUGAAGUUUCAGUCAAGUAAACUAAAAUGGAGAUAAGCAUCAGAACAACUUGUAAUCCUUCUGCCCCCUUGUGGAUCUAGGAAACCAGUCAAUAUCCAAAGCGCUGAAGUGUGUUAUCCUUUUGAAUUGCAUCAAUAAAUUCCUGAAGAAGUCUUCAGGAAAAAAUGAAAACUCAAAGCAGGAGUUUGUUCUGUUCAGCUGUCAGUCUGUAUUCCAUGCAAGCCGAAUUGUAUUUCAUACUGACAGUCCAGUAAAUUCUUUGGAUCAAAGGAAAGAGAACAUGUUGACAAUAAUUGUGCACUUUACUGAUUUUUUUAUAUCCUGGUUGCCCCUUUCUCUCUCUCUCUCUUUCUCUCUCUCUGUGUCUGUGUGUGUCUUGGCUUUUGCCAUGGCAUGAACUGCACCCUCAUUCCCAGGCUUCAGACAGAAAUGGAUUUCAAGUCAGGAAGAUUGAUCUCUUUUGUAAUGUUUGGCUAGAUCAGAGUACCAUUUUGCAGAGAUUAACAGAUGAAGUAUUGUGACAAAAGAUGAGGGGGAAAUUCAGAGCUUUAAUUUCUGAAGUGUCAGGAAGAAAGAUGGGAGAUGGAUAGCACUGUGGCCAACUUGCUGAAGUUCCUACAUUCCUAAAUUCAAAUAAUGAAUACUUUCUUAAGUAUGAUUGCACAUGUAUAAACUAAGAGCAUUAAUAGCAAUUUUUAAUUAAAUAAAAUAUGUUUACAAUAACAAUGUAUAUUUAGGUAAUGUUUCAUUUCCUGCUAAAUUCUUAUAAAUGACAUAAAUCUUGUUUUCAAUGACUGUCUCCAAAGGGUUUUCCCCAUUUAGGCAGAAACAUUAAUUACAUGGGUUGAAAUCAGGGCAGUAACCAUCAAAGAUUUCUUAUAAUAUAGAAAACUAAAGUAAGCUAAUCUUACUUAUCUGCUCAUAAGCAAGUCCUGCUGAUAUUGGUGGGCUUUAUUCUCAGGUAAGUGAGCAUGAAAUUGAGGCCAUAGUUAAAUUUAGAAGAAAUAAAAGAAAGAAAUGAUCAUGAGAUACAUUUAAACAGGGGGGAAAGUUACAUUUGUGUAAAAUUCUAAUGAAAGAAAUGAAACAAUCCUGUGCAUGCUUACUUCCAAAGUAAAGGCAGAACAAGACAUGUUAAUUGUGUAAAUACAAUUAAUGAAUUCUUUAAUUUUAAAAAAUGUAAAUAGCAGCAGCAACAGCAUCUGGAACACAGAGGUGGAAAGAUCAUGUUUAACCCUUCUCUCUAUUCCAUGGAUCCAGUAAAAAUAUUGCCACCAGUAGUUGCUAUUUGCAUCAGUUGAUAGGAUCUUUCUCUCUCCCCCUGUUUCUUGCAGUCCUGAUGCUGCUCAGGGACCCUGACUUAUUCUUCAAAAUGCACAUUGGUGCAUUAAAACAAUUACAUUUGGCCUAAGGUACAUUGUUGAAUGGGGCAUCCUUUAGAUUACAGACUCUAAAGAUGUUUGAAUCAGAUUUUAAUGUGAGCAUUGUAUUUGCUUCUAAACAAGACUAUUUUGAAAUCUACUGAAGGAAAUAUGCAGAUACUUGUAGGUACUUGCAUACUUGUAGGUACUUGAUUUGUAGGUACUUGCAUACAAGUUGCACAAGAUUGCCUAGUUCAAUCCUGAUAUAGCAUUAAUUGAGGGUGUUUUUUUUACUAUCACUUUAAUCCAUUUCAUCCACUCAUAUAUUCAUGAAAUCAAAGGAAAGGCUUGAGAAGUCUGAUUUGUAUCAAGCUUCCAGUUGUUGUCAAUAACAAUUUGCCCCAUUAUUGCACUGAGUUUACAAGAAAUAUUAGUAAUGAGGCAAACUUGUAUAAUGAUUUUGGUUUAUUAGAAAUUACUGUGGUGCUUAGUCCUGAUUUCCAUAGGCUUAUUCAUCCCUUACUACUUUACUCAGUGAUACAUUUGAUGGCUGUCACCUGACUAUGUGCAAUACUGUCAUUGGAAAGCAAUACAUCUAAUGUUAUAUUUGGCAAUUUGGAAGUAAUAUCUUUGGUAUUUGGUUCUUAAUGACCACUUUGGACAUGCCAGACAUUUCUUGAUAUCACAGUCUGAAUGAUAGAUGUGUAUGCAUAAAAUCAACCUUAGCUGAUGCCACUGUUAUGGUGCUAAACAAUGCAGCAAAAGAUAUACAGCUUGACUGUAACAAGUCAAUAAUCCACGCUGUCAUAUUUUCAAAGUACUUAGAACAAGAAAGAAAAAUAUUUUGUCCUCCAGAUAUUUUGGGCUAGAAUUUCUAUCAGCACACCAAGAAUGGUCCAUGAUAAGUGAUUGUAGUCCCGGACAUCUGGCAGAUCAACCAUUUCACCUCAUUUAAAUUUAAGCUUUGUUAAAAUGAUUGAAAUCAGGGUGUUUAAACUAGAUGUAUGCAUAGUCAACUCAUGCCAGUCUAUAUACAGGAUUGGAUUAAAUUCAGGUGCUUACUAUUAAUGUAACUAACUAUGAAUUGGGGGAUCACACACUAUGUGUUUUGGCUUUAUAGCUGGAUUUUAAAACAUUGCCAUUUAAACUUAUAAAAGUUACAAGCAAUAAUGUGUGAAUUGAAAAAAAUCAUUGAUGUUCUAGAACUGAACAUUAACAAAUUAAUUUGAGAUCUUUUCUUUUAGUAAUUUUUUUCAUAACCUGCAUUUUUAACUACUGAAGAAUAUGAGAAUUAAGGAAAGUUCUGAGACAACUGGAGCCCACUGUGUUCUGUAUGAGUCAGCACCACAUGGUAGUAUUAAUAUGGGAAAGAACUUGCUUUGAUUAUGAAAAGGAUUUCUGUGCUUGUCUCAGCCAUCACCAAAGAUAUGCAGGUGACUGGCAUGAUACAUUAAUUGCUUUUGCAUGCUAUGGUAGCCCUAUGGAGCUGUCAGUAUACAGAAGCAUUUCUAGCAGCUUCAAUCCAUGACUGUAACCUGAGAACUGGCCCUCAACUGAAUAGCUUCUAUGACUAGAAGUUGAUAAAAAAAUAAAUAAUCUCAGCAAUAGUA